GGGUGGACGGAGGUAGCGGGAUUGAUUGGUUGGAUUUAAGCCCUGAAGUUUGCCGGCGUGGUCCCGCGUCUCUUACAUUGGUGCCCCCCCCUCCUCCUACGCUCCCGUGUAGCCUUCCCGCUUCUGCGCAGCUCGACCCGGCCGCAGCCAUCCAGCCUGCCCCCUUGUGUGUCUGAUUGCCCCUUGUGAGCAGCAUGUCUGAAUACGGCGGUGUGCCGACGAACGGAGUCAAUGCUGGGAUGAAAAAUGAUGCUUUUGCCGACGCUGUACAACGAGCCAGACAGAUUGCAGCUAAGAUCGGUGGAGACGGUGUCCCCUCAGGGAGCAACAACGGAGGAGCUGAGAGUUAUCCAUUCACACCACAAAAACGAUCCCUGGAAGAAGCAGAUGAACCCGAUGCCAAGAAGGUAGCAUCACAGGGUGAAAGAGAUUCUUCAUUGUCUAUUGGCGCUCAGCUCGCUGCUCUGUCCCAACAAAGUGUCAGGCCCUCUACAAUGACUGAAGAGUGCAACGUGCCAGAUGCCAUGGUCGGCCUCAUCAUUGGCCGAGGAGGUGAACAGAUCAACAAAAUACAACAGGAUUCUGGCUGCAAGGUCCAGAUUGCUCAUGACAGUGCAGGACUAUCCGAAAGGACUGUUUCUCUGACAGGGUCACCGGAUGCCAUAGGGAGAGCCAAGGCCCUCAUAGAUGACAUAGUGUCCAGGGGUCACGAGUCGACCAAUGGGCAGGCAGGUUCGAUGCAGGAGAUGAUCAUCCCUGCCGGCAAGGCUGGCCUCAUCAUAGGCAAAGGAGGAGAGACCAUCAGGCAGCUACAGGAGCGAGCUGGAGUUAAAAUGAUACUUAUUCAAGAUGGAUCCCAGCCACCAAACGUAGACAAGCCGCUACGCAUCAUUGGAGAUCCCUACAAAGUGCAGCAAGCAAAAGACAUGGUCAAUGAGAUUCUACGAGAGAGGGAUCAUGCUGGUUUUGGAGAGAGGAGUGAAUACGGAUCAAGGAUGGGAGGCGGCGGCGGAGGAGGAGGAGGCGGCGGAUUAGGAGGUGGUGGAGGCGGCGGUGGUGGAGGCGGUGGUGGUGGCGGCAUCGAGAUAGCGGUGCCCCGCCACUCUGUGGGAGUUGUGAUUGGUCGAAAUGGGGAGAUGAUAAAGAAGAUCCAGGGCGAUGCAGGAGUGAAGAUACAGUUUAAACCAGAUGAUGGUACUGGUCCUGAAAAAAUUGCCCAUAUUAUGGGUCCGCCAGACCAGUGUCAGCAUGCUGCAUCGGUCAUCACUGACCUGCUACAGAGCAUCCGUGCCCGAGAGGAGGGUGGACAGGGGGGCCCCCCAGGUCCUGGUGCAGGUAUGCCGCCUGGUGGUCGAGGGCGGGGUAGAGGCCAGGGUAACUGGGGUCCUCCUGGUGGAGAGAUGACCUUCUCUAUUCCGGCUCACAAAUGUGGGCUUGUCAUUGGCAGAGGAGGGGAGAACGUCAAGUCUAUCAACCAGCAGACCGGUGCAUUUGUUGAAAUAUCUCGUCAGCCACCUCCAAAUGGUGACCCAAACUUCAAAUUGUUCAUCAUCCGAGGGUCCCCACAACAGAUUGACCAUGCGAAGCAGCUCAUAGAGGAGAAGAUCGAGGCUCCAUUGUGUCCAGUGGGUGGUAGUCCAGGUCCCGGAGGCCCAGGGGGUCCGAUGGGUCCCUAUAACCCCAAUCCAUAUAACCCAGGCCCUCCUGGAGGUGCUCCCCAUGGGGCUGCACCUGGUGGCCCCCAGUACUGUCCUCAGGGUUGGGGAAAUAACUAUCAGCAAUGGCAAGCCCCAGGCCCACAUGACCCAAAUAAAGCAGCAGCAGCAGACCCGAAUGCAGCAUGGGCAGCAUACUAUGCACAAUAUUAUGGACAGCAGCCAGGGGGUGCCAUGCCAGGCCAGGCUCCAGGAGCUGCCCCAGCAGCACCUGGAGACCAGAGCCAAGCAGCACAGGCCCCAGGAGGUCAGCCAGACUACACCAAGGCUUGGGAGGAGUACUACAAGAAGAUGGGCAUGGCUCAGCCAGCUGGAGGAGCAGCGGCAGCUGCUCCAGUUGCUGCCCCAGCAGCAGCGGCAGUGGCAGGAGGAGGAGCUGCAGCUGGAGGCCAGCAGGACUACAGUGCAGCCUGGGCUGAGUACUACAGACAGCAGGCAGCCUAUUAUGGACAGGGAGGGCAGGCACCAGGACAGCCAGGUGGUCCACAGCAGGGACAACAGGGCCAGUAAACAAUGGUUUGGUCUGUUGGACGGCUGCGAUGGUUCUCUGGACUUGUUUGUUUUUCCUGUCAAGAGGUUUCCCUUUUGGAUUUAAUAAGACAAGACCAUAGGUUACUCAUCAACCCUGAAAUUUUUUUAUUUCGAACCUCCGUUUGUUUUUUAAAGUCAAAUUUGAAGAAAGGAAAAAGGGAAAUGAUUUUGCCCAUGCGUUGAUCAAAGCACUACUUGGGACUAUUAAAUUUGCCCCUUCACCUCACCCACACCUUGUAAUACAUCUGAUAGAUUCUUUUUUUCUUUUAAUGUGAAAUAUUGAGCAUUUUCUUGUAAACUAGCACAACAGCAUCUCACAUUUUACUGGUUUUCCCCUUCUAUUUCUUGAGGGUAAAAACUGUCAAGCAGUAUUUUGAAUAUAUUCAAAAAUUGUGUUUGUAGGAAAAAAAACAGUUGCAAAUUUUGGGUCAUUUUUUUUCUUUUCUUUUUUAUUCUUGAUACUUUUUUUUUUUUUUUUUAACAUUCCCAAUGUUUAAGUUGCAGGUGUAUUUUUCCUGCCACGAAGAUUUCUUAUUUUAAUUUUAUUUGUUGUAAUUAUUUUCCUCACAGGGGUUGUGUGUCUGUAUACAGUGUAUGCUACUGAACAGAAAAUGUGUGGCUGUAAUAAGCACCAACUGUCCUACAUGUGUAUGUGGGUCAGUUGUGUGUGUGCAUGUAUGUGUUUGUGUGUUUGACUGCCCUGUUUAAUUUCGACAACAUUAUUGUUGGAACAUAUUUUUUUUUUUUCUUUCUCUAUGGUAGAAUUUGUUAUUGUAUUCUGUACUUUUUUUUUGUUUUGUUAUUUUUUACAACUUGUUUUUAAAAACUUAAAAUAAAAACAUUCAAAUUGCAA